AUGGAUGGUUUCGAUGCAGGAGAAAUCCUUUGCUACAGAGUGGUAGAGGAUCAUUGGCAUACCUCUUUGGCCAAGCUGAAGUCCUUCUCAGCCAAGAUUGUGCAGCUGUUAAAGGAGUGGACAGAGGCCUUCUCCUGUGACUUCCAGGAUGAGAAGGCCAUGGAAGGUCACUGUGUGACCAUUACCCACCGGGUCACACAGUGUGACGAGGAGAAUGGCACAGUGAACAAGGCUAUUUCCCAAAUGACACAGAGCCUGCUGCUGUAGCUGGCUGCCCAGAGCCAGCUUCAGGAGCUGUGGGAAAAGCUUCACUCACCAGCCAUGGACAAAGGGUCUUUCCUCAAGGCUAAGCCGCCAGCCACUCAGAAGGACAUCCUGGGUGUGUGCUUUGACCCCCUGGUGCUGGCCCAGCAGCUGACUCAUACUGAGCUGGAGAGGAUCAAUAGCAUUCACCCUGAGGAUCUGAUGCAGAUCGUCAGCCACAUGAACUCUCGGGACAAGCACUGGUGCCAAGGGGACCUGACCAAGACCUAUAGCCUGGAGGCCUGUGAAUGGUUCAACUGCCUUAGCAUGCUAGUGGCCACUGAGGUGUGCCAGGUGGUGAAGAAGAAGCACUGGACCCACAUGCUAGAGUUCUUUCUUGCUGUGGCCCAGAAGCACUUUAAUAUCGGGAAUUUCAACUCCAUGAUGGCCAUCAUCUCUGGCAUGAACCUUAUUCCUGUGGCAAGGCUUAAGAAAACAUGGUCCAAAGUCAAGAUGGCCAAGUUUGACAUCUUGGAGCACCACAUGGACCCAUCCAGCAACUUCUGCAACUACCGCACGGCCCUGCAGGGGGCCACACAAAGGCCCCAGAUGGCCAACAACAGCAGAAAGAAGAUUGUUAUCCCUGUAUUCAACCUUUUCGUUAAGGACAUUUACUUCCUGCACAAAAUCCAUACCAAUCACUUGCCCAAUGGGCAUGUUAACUUCAAGGAAUUUAGGGAAAUCUCCAGACAAAUCCAUGAGUUCAUGACAUGGACUCAGGUAGAUUGUCCCUUCGAGAAGGACAAGAAGAUUCAGAACUACCUGCUCACGGCACCCAUCUGGAGCGAGGAAGCCCUCUUCAUCAUCUCCUUUGAAAGUGAAGGUCCUGAAAACCACAUCAAGAAGGAUAGCUGGAAGACUCUUAGGAUGACUCUCCUUAACAGAGCCUGAAUGCAUGGAUGCAGCCUGCAGAUCCUGGAUGAAGUACACACAUGCACUGAGUUUUAAUCUUGAUUAAAAAGGUUGAGAUGAGGAGGCCUUACUCAUUGGGGUCCAUUUUGUAUAUGACCUUUAUGGAAAAAAAAAGGUAAUUAUUUCAUGCAUUAAAAAAAAAAGUUUCUACUAAACCUUCGCUAAAAGGUUCUACUUCCAGAGAUAGACAAGGAAGUGUGAGGUUCCAGAACUUGACUGACCUUCAUAAAGGAAACUCCUCAGGAUGCUCCUGAAGGCCUGAAUAAAGUACACUGAGGUGAUAAUGGGAAGGCUGGAGAAGGGCCAGAAUGCAAUGAAGGCUUAACUUCCUGAUACUUAUCAUAUAUAACUUCUCUGAAAAGGAGUUUCCAUACCUCAGCCAUACUGACUACUCUGAUUACUCAAGUCCAGAAUAAUUAAACUUUCCUUCUUUUAUAUUUUGAUAUAUCAUAUAUUUUACUUGUUAGAUAUUUAAUGUUACCUUUUUUGGGACAUAGUUUUUAAUGUGAUGAUGUAUUUUUAAUCCAAUGAGACUGUUAACUUCAGUAAGAACAAAGGCACAAAUCUUAUCCCUGGCACACAGUUUUCUGUAUCUCACAAACCUCAUUCCAGUGUAAUCUAUUCUUCCCCACCCAAGAUCAAACAUAUGGGAAGAAACUGUCUAAACAGGAAAGCAUUGU